AUGACCCCUUUGGGCAUCGCAAUUCAGUGCCGCAAUACCGAAAUCGUUGAAUAUCUCCUGUCCAAAAAUGCACAAGUCAAUCUUACGGGUGGAAAAUAUGGCGCACCGCUUAUUAUUGCUUGCUUGACUCGCGAUCUACCCCUCAUAAAACUUGUGGUAAAGAAAGGGUCUGGAAUUAAUGUGGACUUAGCAAGUCCAAAUUGGUAUGGUACAGCUCUACAGACUGCCUGUCGCAGCCCAAAAUGUCCAAAUAGUAAUGAAUUUCCCUUGGUAUCAUAUCUCAUCGAUGAUGCUAAGGCGAACAUUAACGCAUACGGUGGAAGAAUAGGAUAUGCAAUCAAUGCAGCCUGUCUUUACAACGAUUCUUCACUUGUCAAAUUUCUAUUGGACAGAGGAGCGGAUUCAGAUGUCGCAGAUUGGAUGGGCCGCAAACCGAUUCACCUGGCAGCUCUCCGAACAGUCGACCAUUUCAAUUUUCUCGCCGAUGACAAGUUUAUCAAGGCAGAAGACAAACUAGAAAGGAUACCCUUGCACUACUCUGUACUUAGUGGCGAAAUUGGUUUGGUCGCAAUGGUACUUGAGCACUCGAUAGCUUGUCUAGGUUCAGAAGUUGUCAAUUACCCUGACUGUGACAAUUGGACACCGCUCAUGUGGGCCGCUAGAAUUGGUGUGAGAUGGAAGGCAGGAAGAGACAGUCAACCUGAAGUCAUUAGGCUCUUAUUAUCGAGUGGUGCAAAUCUUUGGGUGAGGGGGGAGGGACUUGAUCGCGUAUGGUCCCCCUUGAAGGUCGCUCGAUAUUACGGAGCGAGCGAGGAAGUUUUAGGACUUCUGACACCAAAAGCCGAUGCUCAAUCUCCACAUGGUGAGAAAUGGGUCAGAAAAUUUCAUAUUUCAAAGAAAGCGUCCGUGCAACCUUCUAAAGUUUGUGACGGAUGUGAGCUCGGAAUUGUGGGGACAUGGUUUGAAUGCCAAAGCUGUUGGGAUUUUGAUCUAUGUUUCAAAUGCUACCGAUCAAGGGACACUUUACAGCCUGAUUGUUCGUUCGAGGAGCGCGGUACUGAAUAUGACCCUGAGCCUGAAUCCGAGCCCGAGAUUAGAGAAAAGCCUCUCGAGUAUGAGGACAACGCAACUGUUGCCGAAAGUGAGACUUCUGACGAGGAAAGUGAGGACGAAAUAUCAAGUAAUGGUCUUAAGGGAAGCAAAGACGAUAGCAAUGUGGUUGAUUUAAAAGAUGAUGAUGACGAUGAGGAAGAAGAAGAAGAAGAUUCUGACGACAGCGACUGGUUGAUAGGUUUGUGGCGUAUUUCACGUCAAGUUUCAGGCCAUUUAAAUAUUCUACUCAUGUACUUGAUGUCAUCAUAG